AAGUGAGGUUGGAGGGUGUGGCUCAGGAAUCCUCCACAGACCUCUCUCCUUCGCGUUCUUUCACAGGUUUCUUUCCGUCGGUUUAACUCUGACUAGACCUCUCUGGGAACAGCAGGUUUAACUCUGACUAGACCUCUCUGGGAACCGUCGGUUUAACUCUGACUAGACUUCUCUGGGAACAGCAGGUUUAACUCUGACUAGACUUCUCUGGGAACCGUCGGUUUAACUCUGACUAGACUUGUCUGGGAACAGCAGGUUUAACUCUGACUAGACUUCUCUGGGAACAGCAGGUUUAACUCUGACUAGACUUCUCUGGGAACAGCAGGUUUAACUCUGACUAGACUUCUCUGGGAACAGCAGGUUUAACUCUGACUAGACUUCUCUGGGAACAGCAGGUUUAACUCUGACUAGACUUGUCUGGGAUAUUUCUCUCCACCACCAAACCUGUGCUGUAUUUUACCAUGGGAGUCGUAGGAGGAAUCAAAUGCAUCAAAUACCUGAUGUUCAUGUUCAACUUCCUCUUCUGGUUGGCAGGAACAGGAGUGUUGGCCAUAGGGCUGUGGCUGCGUUUUGACUCUCGGACUGAGGGACUGUUCAGUGGAGAGGACUCUCCUUCUGUCUUCUUCACCGGUGUGUAUAUUCUGAUCGCUGCGGGGGCGUUGAUGAUGGUUGUUGGGUUCCUGGGCUGCUGUGGAGCCAUUAAGGAAUCCCCCUGUAUGCUCGGACUGUUCUUCUUCUUCCUGUUGUUGAUCUUUGGGGUGGAGGUAGCAGCAGGGAUCUGGGGGCUCUCCAAUAAAGAUACGGUGGUGGAAGACAUCACAGAGUUCUACAAGCAGACUUACAAUAACUACAUGAACACCAAGCAGGAGGCCCUGAAGGAGACAUUACGCCUCAUACACUUUGGACUGAACUGCUGCGGCCUGACAGGCACGAUAAUUGACAGCGCCAGGGAGACCUGCCCAAAGAAGGAAGGACUGGAGGCUCUGAUUACCACGAGUUGCCCAGCGGCCAUUGACGAGAUGUUCAACUCUAAACUCCAUAUCAUUGGAGGAGUGGGCAUCGGAAUUGGAGUCCUCAUGAUCUUUGGGAUGAUCUUCAGCAUGCUGCUGUGCUGUGCCAUCAGGAGGUCCCGUGACAUCAUGUAGACUCAGACUCUGCCAUUCCGUGCACUUAUCUGUGUGUCUGUCCUCAAUAGAUGUUAAAUGCUCACUAGGUUUGUACUGCCUUUCGAGUUAGUUGUCAGUUUUAGGCUGGCAGCCAGCCAGCCAGCCAGCCAGCCAGCCAGCCAGCCAACCAGCCAGCCAGCCAGCCAGCCAGCCAGCCAGCCAGCCAGCCAGCCAGCCAGCCAGCCAGCCAGCCAGCCAGCCAGCCAGCCAGCCAGCCAGUCAGGCUCUACCCUGGAUGGAACCUCAGUCUCCUGUGAAUGUGUGGAGCUGUGCUGACGUUUCUGGCUGUGUAACAAUGUAAUCAGUCUAUCGUUUCAUCACUGUAGAAGCAAAACGCCUUCAAAUCUGCCAGAAUUUAAUCUGUUGUAUGUGCUUUAAAAACCUGACUAGGUUUCUCCUCAUAUUGCCUGUUUGUUCAGCUACAUGGACUGUAACAACUUUAUGACAGAGUAAAGAUUUUAUAAACAUUUUUAUUGCAACUAUUUUGAUGAACAAAGAUGUGUAUUUCUUUGAAUUGCCAAAUAAAAUGAAUUAAUAUGGA